UUCGCGAACGGAACGUUUGCUCCCGGCGGUUGAUCAUGAGCGGAGUGCGUGUAAACCUAAAAUAGAUUUGUAUUACUUUAUAUUUUGUGAGUUAAUCAAGGCAAACGAACUUUACGCAACCCUCUGAGUUCAAGUAAACAUUAAUUUCAUCUGAGGCAAAAAUCGUGUAGUGCCGAAAAAACCUUGUAAUGUUUAAAUUCUUGUCUAAUUCUUUGAUUACACAGGCCAGCUGUCAAGAGGUGGGGGGCUGGUUAUUUAAAACGAGCCGAUACAGAGAAACUUCACGAGAUAUUCCUGAAGUAUGCGACUAUAGAGAAGAAUGGCGAGAAAUACAUCACCAGCGAGGACUUUGUCAGAAAAUUCCUGGGACUGUUCGACGAAGAUGACUACAACAAGGAGUCGGUGCAGCUUAUCGCUGGAAUCGUCGACAUGGACAAAGACGGGUUCAUCUCGUUCGAAGAAUUCCAGGCCUUCGAGGGGCUUCUCUGCGUCCCGGAUGCGUUAUACAAGACCGCCUUCCAACUGUUCGAUACUAACGGCAACGGACUCGUAGCUUUUGACGAAUUCGCCGAGGUCAUGCGAAAGACGGCACUACACAAGAAACUACCGUUCAACAUGGAAAGCACUUUCGUGCGACUUUAUUUCGGAAAGGACAAAAAGCGUCUAGUGACCUAUCCAGAGUUCAGUCAGUUCUUGCACGAUUUCCACGAGGAGUACGGUGUGGAGGCGUUCAAGAAAUGCGACAAAGACGGUAGCGGGUUCAUAACCGUCGGUGACUUCAGAGACAUAAUGGUCAGCGUGAAAAACCACCUCCUCACCAAGGAUAUGAAGAACAAAGUUAUCAUGGCAUCUGGUUUUCCUCAAGGAGAACGUAAAAUCAGUUUCCCAUACUACAUGGCGUUUAACUCGUUACUGAAUAACAUGGAAUUGAUCAAACGCGUGUAUCUGAACGCUACUAAUGGGCACAGGACACAAGAGGUCACUAAGGAAGAGUUCUUGCAUUCAGCGCAAAUGAUGAGCCAAAUAACGCCCUUGGAAGUCGACAUAUUGUUCACGCUCUGCGACAUGAUACAUCACACUAAUGGCACCUCAGAAUCAGCGGUGAGGAGUGAUGUCCACAAACAUUCUGGUCGUAUCGUAUACAACGAUCUGAACGCUAUAACACCGGAGCAGUACUUCAAGCAAGUCACGAGAAGAAUCGCUGAAAUAAAAGCCGUCUCGAGCCCCGAAGAGAGAAGUAUUUUAAUACAAAUUUUAGAAAGCACCUACAGGUUCACCCUCGGCUCCAUAGCUGGUGCGGUUGGGGCAUCGGCCGUGUAUCCCAUAGAUUUGGUGAAAACUCGUAUGCAGAACCAACGCACGGGUUCCUUCAUAGGGGAGGUUGCUUAUAGGAACUCGUGGGAUUGUUUCAAGAAGGUCAUCAGGCACGAGGGUAUUUUUGGACUCUAUAGAGGUCUAGUCCCACAACUCAUAGGCGUUGCCCCCGAAAAAGCCAUCAAACUAACGAUGAACGAUUUGGUCCGCGACAAGUUUAUGGACAAGAAGGGAAAUAUAUCAUUAUAUGCAGAAAUCCUCGCUGGAGCCUGCGCCGGUGGUUCCCAAGUAGUGUUCACUAAUCCUUUAGAAAUAGUGAAGAUUCGUCUCCAAGUGGCCGGUGAGAUCGCUGGUGGCAGUAAAGUUAAAGCUUGGUCCGUUGUUAAAGACCUUGGGCUCUUCGGUCUCUACAAGGGGGCGAAGGCCUGCCUUCUAAGAGAUGUACCCUUCAGUGCCAUAUACUUCCCAGCUUAUGCUCAUGUUAAGGCUAAAUUCGCUGACGAGAACGGUUACAACCACCCCUUGACAUUGUUAGCUGCGGGCGCCAUCGCUGGCGUGCCGGCCGCCUCGCUCGUUACACCCGCUGACGUCAUCAAGACCAGGCUACAGGUGGUGGCUCGGUCAGGACAAACUACAUACAACGGGGUCAUAGAUGCUACGAGGAAGAUUUACGCCGAGGAAGGAGCACGGGCUUUCUGGAAGGGAGCUGUUGCCCGUGUGUUCCGCUCGUCUCCUCAGUUCGCGGUGACGCUGGUGACGUACGAGAUCUUACAGCGUCUCUUCUAUGUUGACUUCGGUGGAUCCCGUCCUGCCGGUUCAGAACAAACUAUAUCUACCAGCGUUGAGGAAGCACCUCGCCGACCGCAGCACAUAGGAGGGUAUCAAGUAGCGGCUCCAGUGCUCACUGGCUUAGAAACUAAGUUCGGGAUAUCACUACCACGUUUCUCAUUCGCUAAGACUACCAAUUAAUAUAUACAUAAAUAUAGUCAUAGUAUCCCGAUACAGACGUCUGGAAGUGAUUUUUGUCUGACCGCUUACAAAGCUAACACCUGGAAAUGUUAUCCGACUACUGCAGCCUGCUGGAUUGUAUAGCGACCACCUGGAAGCAAUUCUGAUGACUUACUUCUAUAACUGGCUCAUAAAUCUACCAUCUGUAUAAAGUUUUACUGAAAUGUCAUUGGUAUGUGUGGAUAUCUGAUAUGCUGGUCAAGAGAUCCUUAUUUGGGUCCUUCGUUUGGAAGUGGUUGUGUUAGUCAUUCUCUUUACUUUUAAAUCUAUACUUAUGUAAACUUGUCAUUUAAAGCUAUGCCUUAACAGUUCACCUGGGAUUGCUACUUUAACUAGCAAUUUAGAAUUUUUUCUUACCCUGGUUUUUAAAUAUUGGUUCCCGUGGUACUGAGAUUUAAUGUCACAAACAAUAUAUCCCUAUAUUAAUCUCAGUAUGCAGUACAAUGAUAAAUACAAUAAAUAUAAGAGUAACAUUGCUUACUAUAAUAAUAUAUAUUUUAAGCAUAACAGGACAAUUUGUUCUCAUCGAAGGCAUUGCUUAUUUACAUAUACGUAUAAAUCUCUGGUAUAUUGUUUGGUCCAAACUCAGUGUUUCUUGUGAGCCCUAACAGUAAUGAAGUAACUGUGUGAAGAGUAUAAGUGUUAGUUAGUAGUCAGGAUUUUAUCAGAUGCGAACACUGGUUAACUAAGUCUUAAAAUCAUGUAUGGAGGCCAUUUUAGCGUUUUAAGAUUAUUUUGCUAAACUGAACGUAAAACAUUUUUUGGACGAAUCUUGGACAGUCUUUUUUUUUUGCUUUCACAAACUUCUCGUUUUGAAUGUAUUUUAUUACUUUCAAAUAGAAAAUUUUGCAUUACAGCAGAAGGUUCAGAUAGUCCAAGAAAAUGUUGUACCGCAUAGCUCAUACUGCCUGUAGCUUUGUUUUGUAAGACAUUUAAGUCAUGUAUUAACCAAGAUUUUUUAAGACGUAAUUUUGCUGUAAAAUUGCAUUUUUAAUAGUAGAUUUUAUAAGUCUGCGUUUCUUAACUGUGGGAUUUUGGACUUCUUCCGAGCUCAUUUCUUUAAAGAUUAUAAAGCAAUAGUCCACUGCACCUCGCAACAGCUAAUUAUAAGGUAUUCUCUCUUGAAUAUAACGAAAAAUAUAUUUUUGCAAUCAUAUACAAGUAUAAAAUUUUUCAUAAAGACCUUAAUUUUUUUUCUAUUGAAUUUGAUAUUUAUUUUUUAUUGUAUAACAUUAUCGUAGGUUCGAAAAUAGCUCGAAUCAAUGUGAGAAUUAUUAUUUUUUUACUAUCUUUCUUAGUGUGCUCUCGGCCUAAAGACAUUUUGUAUUCUGUUUUACUGUAUUAGACAAUUUUAUUUCAUAACAAUCACAUUAUUAGUUUAUUCUUAUCAUAUAUAUUUUUGUUAUUGUUGUCUCGUAUGUCGAUUUAUUUUUUAUAAAUAGUUUUCUACAUAUCGAACCGAGUUUACACAUGAGUGUGUAAUUUGGAACACAUUUUCUUUUAUACAUAAAAGCACUUCGCAGUUCACUCUGAGCUUUGUCACGUUUAAUAUAUACGAAAAAAAAAAUCUUAUAAAACACACUUAUGUAUAUAGAAUAUAUAUAUAAAACAAUUUGAAAGACAUGUUGUGAACUGUAUAUAGAUAGUGUGGUAGAUCUUAAAAAUUGGUUGUCGUCAACAGCAAUACUGUAUUGAAGUUAUAAAAUCACUGAAGGGACUUAAAACUGUCAUAUCGCUAUAAAUUUAACAGUAUGUAUAUAUGAAGUAAAUCUAAAAACGUCAACAUGUUUGCUGCUGUCAUAUUAUGGCCGCGGUUGCACAAUUACAGAUUUUUAAUAUAAGGUUGUAAAACAACAUUAAAUAAAGUACUGUUUAAGACAAAGUGAUGAUGAUGUGACUAUUCUAUAUUUAUUGAUCUUGUACAUGUUUGUGUUAACAAUAAAUAUAUUUAAAAUA